GUCCAAACCGGAGGCCAGUGUGGGAUCCUCAGCACGAGCAGAGCAUCAGCUGUGGUGAGUCGGAGAGUGAGAAACUUCUCUCCCUGCACCUCUCUGGCUUUUCUCUCUCCCAAAUUCCCUCGGACUCGGACACAUUUUUAUUUAACUUCUCACAGGAGCAGCUACCGGUUCCUCAGUCAACAAGCUGCAACUGGCAACUGCUUUGUUUUUUGUCCUUUUCGGGACCUAUCUGGACGCUCACCGGAGGAUUUCCUGUCUUCGUCCGUUCAGGAGUGACUCGACCAAGUUUUCCCCCAUUCUGCCUGAGGAAUGAGAGCACUGCUGGGAGGGAGAGCUGAAACUCGCAUGUUUGAAUGAACAAAAGAACAGAAAGCGAGGGUAUUGCCGCCGGAAUGGAGGAGAAUACUCUGCCACAAGCAACAUAUCCUUGCUCAGUUCUCAACACAAACGCUACGAGGCCCGACCCAGAAGGGGAAAGCAGCCCCUUGAAGACCGACAACACUCAGAGGAUGGAGUCUCCAGUAAAGAAAGAUUUAGACCGACGACUGACAACCCCCACAAAAUCAGACGUCAUCCCUCGAUCGCCUGGGUCACCGGCAUCCCCCAGGUCAAAAAGAGAUGUCAUGAAGUCAGAAGAAAGGCAAAAACUUGCAAAAGAGCGCCGGGAGGAGAAGGCCAAAUACCUCGAAGAGCUCAACAAGUUACAAGCUGCCAAAAAGACCCAGUGGCUGGAGAAGGAGGAGAAGGCACGGCAGCUGAGGGAGCAGCAGCUGGAGGAACGCCGCAGGAAGCUCGAGGAGCAGCGCAUUAAGGCAGAAAAGCGACGAGCAGCUCUGGAGGAGAGACAGAAACAGAAACUUGAGAAGAACAAAGAACGCUAUGAGGCAGCAAUCCACAGGUCAACCAAGAAGACGUGGGCUGAAAUCCGCCAGCAGAGAUGGUCAUGGGCCGGUGCACUAAGCCAGAACUCGAACCAGAAAGAAGGCAGAUGCUCUGUUUCAACGGUCAACCUACCCAAACAAGUGGACUCUGUUAUAAACAAGCGACUCUCCAAGUCCUCUGCCACGCUCUGGAACUCCCCCAGCAGAACCCGUAGCCUUGCACUGAGUCCAUGGGAGAGCAGUAUUGUUGACCGGCUGAUGACACCGACGCUGUCUUUCCUCGCUCGGAGCCGCAGUGCUGCCAGUGUUCUCAGCAAUGGCAAAGAUGGUCAUUCUCUUCUCUGCCCACGUUCAGCCUCAGCCAGUCCGCUCACUCUGUGUGCCCACCAGCCCCACCACCGCUGCUCUGACCGCUGGAGAGUGACGUCCAGCACACCAGACAUCACCCAGCGGCAGCGUCGACGGAGCUCCACACCCAUGGACAAAAACAAGAAAGAAAAGAAAGACAAAGAACGGGAGAAUGAGAAGGAAAGUGCCAUCACUAAAGAGAAGGUGCUGAAGAAGAGACAGUCCCUACCCAGCAUGAGACACAGACCUGAUCCGAGUCCAGCCCCAGUCCUUAUCAAGACGACCUGCAUCCCCAGCCACACCCAAGGCAGAACAGCCUCUCCAAGCCCUGCUGCCUCCCCCAAGCCUCCAUCAACACGUGGAAGCCCGUCGACUCCUAAGGGCCGUCCCAAAAGGGCCAGGACCCCUGCCAGGAUAGAUCACCGGACCUCCUCCCCUGUCCCGCUGGAGAGAGUAAAGGAGCCUCGUAGACCUGCCACCCCAGAGGAGAGAAAAGUGAUUGUCUAAUGCUUGCAUUUGUCUUCUUACAAUACUGUUUUAGGUUCCCCUGUGGUUCCUGCCAUCGUAGUAUCCUCAAGCGCUGCCACAGCUCACACGUCAGGCACACCUCAAACAACCAGUGCCACUUCUUCCUCCCCUGAGCCAGUCCAUUCUACUCCUUCUGUCCGUGCUGUGUCACCUGCACCCUCUCCCUCCACCAAGCCCAUGGCAGGCACCAACGACCCAGAGGAGGCUGCUCGCAUCCUUGCCGAGAAACGCCGGCGCCGUGAGCAGAGGGAGAGAGAGGAGCAGGAACGUCGUGAACAGGAGGAGAAAGAGAGAAUCCUCAGAGAGGAGCGGAUAGCGAGGGAGGCAGAGGAAAGGCAACCGGAGGAGGAGGCCCGAGCCAUGGCCGAGGAACAGCGGAGGAGGGAUGAAGCUCAGCGACUGCAGGAGGAGAAGGAGGCUGAGGAGAGAGCCAAAGCUGAGCAGGAGGAGAACCUACGUCUGCAGAAACAGAAAGAAGAGGCUGAGGCUAGAGCCCGGGAAGAGGCGGAGAAGCAGCGUUUGGAGGAGAAACACUUCCAGAAGGAGGAGCAGGAGAGGCUGGAGAGGAAAAAGCGUCUGGAGGAGAUCAUGAAGAGAACACGCAAGACAGAUGGAGGUGACAAGAAAGAGACAAAAUCCUCCCCACUUGCACAUGUCAACGACAAACAGGCAGAGAGCAGCAAAGCAUCUGCUGACUAUCAGCCAAAGUCAGAGGUCAACUUGCCCAACAACCAGCCAGAAAAUGGACAGGCCAAUGUCAUGGAAAGCCUCUCAGUCCAAGUGGUUAAUGGGGUCCAGCCUAUGAGACAUGAAAACGGUCUGUGCACUAAAGAAGACACUGCCCACAUUGAAGACAUCAUUCAUCUCACAAAUCACGGCAACACCACUAAUGGAGCCCGGGAUAAGUCUGAGACCAGCAUGGCCACUGAGCCGAUCCUCUCUUUUGAAAGUGAUGAGUCAUUCAUGAAGAAGGCAGGCCCCAUGAAACCUCAGCAUGUUGCAGAGGUCCUGUGACAUAUUCCAGUGUUGAAGUGCUCAUCGCCUGAGGCCACCAACCUUUCCUAAGCCUUGCCGACGCUCGCACGGCGAGCCCUGUGACCUGUGCCAAUCAACAACCUUCUUCUAAGCUCCGUACAGCAAACAUACUUUUCUCUUAAGAUAAAGUGGGCCACAGAAGAUGAUGACAAAGCACCAGGACACAUGCGACAAACAAGACGGGAUGAAAGGUGUUGCUGCAUCAGUGUUAUCAUUUGUAAAGAUCUUUGUGGCACCGGUUCCAUGCACCUUAUUACUUAACAGUAUCAUCCUUUGUACAUUACAGUACAGCUGAGUAAUUAUGUUACGCUGAAAAAGAACUAUUUGUUUUCUUUGUUCUUUAGUUAUUUAACUGAAAGAGAAAUAUAAAAGACUGGGUACAUCUUUGUGAAUAAUGUAAAUGAACUUUGUGUGUUGGACAAAGGAAGGGUCUGUGGAUUAAAGUUGUAUGAAAGGGAGCCAUUCUAUGCUACUCUGCCAUGAGUAGAUCUUCUAAAUAAAACCCAGGUAUUCUGCAUCCUGGUUUGUAUAAAGCUACCUGUAACAGUUUUUUGUAAAAUUGAGCUGAAAAAUUAAACAAAUUGAAAUGUAACUACCCAAGUUUUCCCACUGAGUGUAAACAUACUGUCUGUUCAUACUUAAACCUCAUAUGAUUGAUUGUAUGCAGAACUGGAUGUAGUAAUGAGUGUGCAACCUUGACGAUUAUGAAACCAGACGUCAUCUAAGGUCAAAUCUCUAUAAACAGGGAUUUACUUCACUAUUUAACAGUUGAAGCUGUUUAUUUUUUUCCACAUGUAGCAGCAUGGCUCAGUUUUCUCUCAUUUGCGUUGAGAUUCUGUGGACUCGGAGGUUUUUGAAAUGCUGAUGCGUGUAUAUGCUAUAAAUAUAUUUUGAUGUGCAUUGUAAGGUCAGUGGGAGUAUUUUAAGUCUUAUUAAAGACAAGUGGUCCAGUC